AUGUUCCCAUUUCUCUAUGAGCUUAUUGAAAUACCUCCUUCCUACUUCCUCCAAAGGACAGCCUUUUCUGCCUCAGGAAGGAGUAGACAUAGAGGCCACAAUGACGGAGACUUACCAGAUGUGCACAAGAAGCUGCCGUCCAGUGCUGGAGAGGACCGCGCCAUGCUGCUGGGGUUUGCAAUGAUGGGCUUCUCAGUCCUCAUGUUCUUCUUGCUUGGAACAACCAUCCUAAAGCCUUUCAUGCUCAGCACUCAGAGAGAAGAGUCGAACUGCACUACCAUCCACACUCACAUCAUGGACGACUGGAUGGACUGUGCUUUCCCCUGUGGUAUGAGCUGCCAAGGCCGGGGCAAGUACCCAUGUCUUCAGGUGUUUGUGAACGUCACUCAUUCAGGUCAGAAAGCUCUCCUACAUUAUAAUGAAGAGGCUGUCCGGAUAAAUUCCAAGUGCUUUUACACACCCACGUGCCACCGAGAUAGGAAUGAUUUGCUCAACAGUGUGCUGGACAUAAAGGAAUUCUUCGAUCACAGAAAUGGGACUCCCUUUUCAUGCUUCUACAGUCCAGACAGCCAAUCUGAAGAUGUCAUUCUCAUAAAAAAGUAUGACCAGAUGGUUAUCUUCCACUGUUUAUUUUGGCCUUCACUGACUCUGCUAGGUGGUGCCCUGAUUGUUGGCAUGGUGAGAUUAACACAGUACCUGUCCCUGCUGUGUGAAAAAUAUAGCACCGCGCUUGGAGAUGAGGUAGGUGGCAAAGUACCUUAUAUGGAACAGCAUCGAUUCAAACUGUGGAGUGUGGGGAGGAGCAAAGAAAGGAGCAGAAAGAUCUGAAGACAGUGGCCAGAUUAAAGUCCUGGCUUUCAGAUACCUGCAAUUUUUGCACCUGAGGACCUAAUGAUGCCUGCUCACAAACUAACCAUAUAGCGGCAAUUCAAAGCAAGUACACGUACUUGAUAUGGGAAACAUUUAAAAAAAGCCUCCUUAUGCAUUUAUUCUAUGAACACAUAUAAAUUCGCCCUCUUUUUUCUACCACAAAUUUCUUUCCACAUGAGCCAAGGAAAUGCUUUUUGUCCCCACGUGGCAAAAUGAACUCACAGUAGCUCUAAUUUCAGCUCUAACUGGAACUUGUCCGCAUGGAAGUAAAUGGUGGAGGGUUUUUAGUACCGAACAACCAGCCUAGGUCUAUGCAAUAUAGUUUACGUCAAAACAUUCCUCAAAAAAUUCUUAGUGAAGAACAAGUUAUUUGUUGUUAGGAAGAUAAUAAUCUAGUAAUUUCAAAAAAAAUGUGGGCCUACCAUUUUGCUUCACCAUUCAUGAUAAAGAAGGAAAGCCACUCCUAGCAAAUGCACUAAGUUUAGAGUUCUCUGUACUUAACCUUGCCAUGUACCAUGUAAUUUUUCUUUCAGCAAGAUUCUCCUAGUUAAUUACGCUUUCCAUAAGCUCAUUUUCUUCUUUGUGCACAUUCUGGUGGGGGUGGGAGGGAUGGCCAGAAAUGGGAAGUAGGGAGAAGCUGUACUGGAUGGAAUUUAACAUUCAUCUCAGAUAAUCUGCAUUGUAGAAAAGUCCCACGUGGACAGUCAGCAAAUGUCCAAACUUUAAUGACUCAACCAUGGUUAUUCACCAACGAAUGUCACAGGCUCUCCCAACAAGUGCUUUCCAGAGUGAGCUGAAUUGGAAUAGAAAACAUCAAUUUGUUCUGAAAACCAAAGUGCCUCAAAGUAUCUUUUCAAUUUUACUAAAAAAGUCUUACAUCAUGGACCAUAGAAAGAAUGAGACUUUUGAAGCAACUUUUAUAUGCAGAUGUAAUCAAAACAGAAAUUUUAAUUCUUAGUAAAUAUUAUGCCUUUUAGCAGUUAAUUUCAAGUCACAAAUUACUAAACAGACUGAAUGAUUAAAUAAAGCAAUACUGACUUGACAAGUAAUGAACAAUUUU